CCAUAUACUGCUAUAAACCAUACACUAUUAAAAUAAAUUUAUGUUUAUAAGUAAAACAAUAAUUAUUGUGGUAAAAAAUAAAAUAAAAAUUAAAAUUAAAAAAUAAAAAAUAUAGGUUAUUUAGUGCAUGAUACAUAAAAAAAUUAAUUAAUAAGUAUAGAUCCUGGAGAAUAUGAAAAUGCAAUAGAAUAUAUAAAAUAAUUAGAGAAUACAUUAAAUAGCAAAUUAACUCAUAUUUUAUGUACAUAAACAAACGGCCCUAUGAAUUAAUAAAGUGAAUAAUUUUUAAAACAUAACCCUAAAUUAGAAAUAAUUGCAGGAAAAGAAUAAGAAAAAUAAGGCUUUAGCAAUAAAUAUGUAGAAGAGCUAUAACCAAUAUCUAUAGGUGAUUUAUGUGUAUGUUUUUUGCAUACACCUGGACAUAAAAAUGAUUUUUAUACGAUUGAAAUCACUUAAGUAAAUGAUUUUUCUACUAAAUUACCUGCUUUAUUUACAGGUGAAAUGCUUUUAGUAAGUUCCUUAGGAGAUUUUGAAGAAUUUAACGCAUUAAAAUUUGUUUAAUCAUUAUUUAAAUUAAAGGCUUUUCCUAAUGAAAGUUUGGUUUUCCCAGGAAGAGAUGGAGAAUUAAAAAAUUUAAUUUUUUCUAAAGCUUUAGACCCUAAUAAUAAUGUAAUUAAUUCUAAAAUUUAAUUAGUUUAAGAGGCUCUAAAUAAUUAAUAAAACCAUAUCUUACCAAGCAGUUUAAUUGAAGAAAAAAGCUGUAAUCCCUAUCUUAGAAUUCAUGAAAAAUAUAUUUAAAAUAUAUUAGAAGUUAAAGAUUAAAUAUCAGCUUUUAAAGCUAUCAAAAAAUUGUAAUAAGUUUUCUUUUAAUAAAAUAAUAAUCUUUGA